AAACGGUGACGAUCAAACGUCAAAAGUCAAAAUUAUUUUAUAUUUCAUUAUAAUUUUUUCUAGCAGUUAUGGUUGCAAGUUAUACGGAAAUAAUAAAACGGUUUAGUUUAUUUUAAGUUAGUACCCAAACAUGAGAUGCUCGUUUACUUUACCGUUUGCCAAUUGUAACAUCUCGUAACAUAAAAUGUCUUCCAAAAGUGAAUUAACAAAAUUAUCAGAAGAAAGUUUAACUCGUCAACCAGAAGAAGUGUUCGAUAUAAUAUGCAAGCUAGGAGAAGGAUCGUACGGAAGCGUCUACAAGGCGCUCCACAAAGAAUCGGGCCAAGUUCUAGCAAUAAAACAAGUGCCUGUAGACACGGACCUUCAGGAGAUCAUAAAAGAAAUCUCUAUCAUGCAGCAAUGCGAUAGCACCUACGUCGUCAAAUACUACGGCAGUUAUUUCAAAAAUACCGAUCUCUGGAUCGUGAUGGAAUAUUGCGGAGCAGGAUCGGUGUCUGAUAUAAUGAGAUUGAGGAAAAAGACGCUGGACGAGGACGAGAUCGCGACGAUUUUGUCGGACACUCUCAAAGGCCUCGAAUACCUACAUUUACGAAGGAAAAUACACAGGGAUAUUAAAGCGGGGAAUAUUUUGUUAAACUCCGAAGGGCACGCCAAAUUGGCUGAUUUCGGCGUAGCCGGACAAUUGACUGAUACAAUGGCCAAAAGAAAUACUGUGAUUGGGACCCCAUUUUGGAUGGCGCCCGAAGUCAUCCAAGAAAUAGGAUACGAUUGUGUGGCAGACAUAUGGAGUCUCGGAAUAACCGCCUUAGAAAUGGCCGAAGGAAAACCGCCCUACGGCGACAUUCACCCCAUGAGGGCGAUUUUCAUGAUUCCCACGAAACCGCCUCCUUCGUUUAGGGAACCGGACAAGUGGAGCGCCGAAUUCAUCGAUUUCGUCAGCGUUUGUUUGAUCAAGGAUCCAGAAGAACGCGCCUCUGCCAGCGAUUUGUUGAAUCACGAAUUUGUUAAAAAUGCGAAAGCACCGACUAUUUUGACUACGAUGAUACAAGAGGCGCACGAAAUCAGGGAGAAUCAAAGCUACAAGAACUUGAAUUCCACAGCGAACAUGCAAGGGCUGAAUAAAAACAACAACGAUGAGUCCGACGAAGAUGUCGCCUUAGUGAAUCAGACGAUGGUUUCUUGCACGGACGAAGGUACUUUGGUUCCUAGUAAAGGGGGUACGUUGGUGCCGAUGUCGCCGAGCGGUACUUUGGUGGAACUGGAAUCCGAACUAGGCACUAUGGUGAUUAAUAGCGAUAUCGAUGAUCAAACUAUGAAACGUCAUGACACGAGUUCAGUGCAAGGCGGAAAAAAAUAUAGGCCGAUGUUUUUGGAUCACUUCGAUAAAAAAGAAGCUGAAAUUAAGCAGGGUAACGGUAUUUCGAGUCCUAUAACAUUAGAAAACAACGAAUUGACGGAGGGGCAGCAAAAUUACCAAAACAGUUACCAAGUGAAGCUUACGGAACAACCUCCGCUUCCGCCUCAACCUCAACCCCAUCAAAUCCAGCCAGUGGAACAGAAGCCUCAAUACCACCAAAUUUUCAACGAUGGGGAUUUCGAAUUUUUGAAAUAUUUGAGUUUCGAAGAAUUGCAACAGAGAAUGAACACGCUAGAUUCGGAUAUGGAGAAGGAAAUAGAUGAGCUUCGUAAAAGGUACCAAGUCAAGAGACAGCCCAUUUUAGAUGCCAUGGACACGAAAAGGAAAAGGUCGCAGAAUUUUUGAGUUUUCUCACCAGGUUUGUACCUUUCUUUUAUCAGGGUGCUCAACGUUUUUUUUACCUGUUUUUUUAUCAAUGAUUAUAUUGAUUCGUGGUGCUGAUUGCUUGGAAUAUUUAUCAUUGUUCCGGAAAAGUCAUCUAUUAUUCAUUUUUUAAAUCGUUAGGUAUUACAGUUUUGGAAGUUUCGGUAAAACUUUUUAUAACUAUAGCACUUAACUGGUUAGUUAAAAAUAUGUUCAGUCUAAUAAUAACUUUAGUUCAGAUCUAGCUGAAUUAUGUAUUCCUGUAAUAGUUUUAUUAUGCGUUGAUAUAAUUUAAUUGAACUACCAUAAAAUCCAAAUCAGUCCACCAUCGUAAUUAAACGUGGAAUGUUGGAAAAUUUGUGGCUACUAGGACAGCCUAAUCCCUAAUCUAUUCGUUUUGUGUAUAAAAUCUUCAUUAUUUAUAGAAAAAAAAAUCGUUGGGGAUACAAGUGUCUCGUAUAAUAAUAAUGAAGGUAUAAUUUUUGAUCAAUGAUAAUUAGAAGUUUCUAUCAAACAUUUAUUAUUUUCGUGGACACCUCCUACAAUUUAAGUUAGUUUUAACACUUUUAAAUCCGAUAUUUUUAUACCUUUAGAUUUCGAAGUUUUAACCCGAUGAUAACUUUUAACUUGUGUUUAAAGUCAUCCUCUGUAUAAAUUUCACUAUCUGAAGAAAAAAAUAAUGGGCCUUAGAACGAAUUUAUCAAUGUGCAGAUGAAUUUAUAUGAAGGAUAAUAUUAAAGUAUCCUUUUAUCUGUGCGUUAAUGAAUUUACCAACUAACGCAAUAAAUUUAAUAAUCUCAGUUUUGAAUCUUCUGUACAUUUUUUUUUCAUUUUUUAUUAUGGAAUUAAAUUUGUUGCUAUUUUUUUCCAUCACAUUCUUGGAACCAAUACUGUUAUAUAGUCUUGUGUUAAUUUUUGUUUAUUAGCUUAUUUUGUACAGACCUUUUUACCUUACCAGUGUUAUAUUAGAAUUUAUUAUCCUCUCUGUACGAUAAGUACGCUUGCUGUGCCUUUAGUAGAUCUUAAGUAGGAUUGUAAUAUUUUUGAUGAUCCUAAAUAAAGAAAUUAACACAAUUCUCCUUUUAAAUAUUUUACAUUUUAGGGUCAGUAUUUUCAGUACUAGGUAAGGUCUCGAUAAUUAUCUAUCUACAUUUGGAAUAUUGCAGAUAGUUUUUUUAUAUAUUAGCAUGUUGUCAUCUUGCAAGAUGCAUGAGGUCAGAAUAUUUGAUCCGUAACGUUACAUGGUGUAACAUUUAAUUUGUAAAACGGUCCAGGUAACCAGGGAACAUGUUACAAGAUUAUGUAUGUUAUAAUGUACAAGUUACAUGAUGUUUAGGGGAUGUAUCUAUAAAGACCUUAUGUAUCUCGGAAGAUGAAAAUGUGCACAUAAUAUACAAAACAUCGUGCAAUUUUCCAUCUGAAGCGAGGGUAAAAAAACCAUGACACAUAAAAUGUCUAAUUACUGCAAAAUUGCAAUAAUGUAAUUUUAAAUAUAUAUAUUUACAACUGAUAAGUCUGAUACAAUUCACAAAAAUAAAUUACAAUACCAAUCUUACUGUUGUUUUUUUUUGAAAAACAUACAAAAUUGUUAUAGUUACAAAAAAAUUACUACUUAUUACGUUUUAGUAAACCAAACACAAUUUAGUGCUGGUACCUUCAUCUUGAAAUAGGGAAAUUUAGCCCUAGGAUAGCUCUUUAAAUAUUUUACAGUACAGAAAAGUUAUUCUAGGAAUAAUUUCGAAUAUUCUAAGAUGAAAGUACCCGACAUUAUAAAAGUAAUCACGUUUUUAAGUGAAUGCACUUACGCAAAUAACAAAUACGAGGACACAGCAUAUUAAACUCAACAUCGUGAUUACCCCCUUAUAUACAUAGUAUUCAUUUGGGGUGUUAACUAUUUGAAUUUAAUAUGUCAACUCUCCGUUCUAAAAGACUUGCCAUGUUAAACUGAAAAUUGUGAAUACCCCUAUAGUAAAUGUCUGUAAAAAUUUUCUAAAACAAAUAUAUGCACUAUGAACUGAUUUAUAUACAUUUAGAACAUAUCAAAGUGAUUUAAUUAACAUUAACAUCGUGGGGUAUAUUUAUUAAUGCAUACCAUUCAGAAUUUUCCCAAAGAUGAAAAAUUUUACAGACGUAAAAGAAAAUACAGGUCAUCUCUAUAUUCAAUUUUGUGAGCAUAAUUAUCAACCCUCAACAUAACAAAAAAUAAUUUACCUACACCUUUUGUUUUGUUUUAAGGAUUCUAAUAGAGUUCAGUUGAAGAGAUUUUAAAUUACGCUCACUAGAUUUUGAAUACAACGACACAACGGACACCUUGUAUACAUACAAUACAAAAAAAAUGCAGAUAAAUGAAAAAAUAUGUCGUUAAACAGACAAGUAUGUUGUGCGAAUGAGUGAAUUAUGCGAAUCACAUAAGUAGCUUGAAAAUUACCUUAAAAUAAAAAUAUUUAAGUAAACGAUAACUAAGUAUAUCUUUCGAAAAAAACGGCGAAAUUUUUCUUACAAUUUUCAAGCGCUGCCAACAAAAUUAACCAACUGAUAUGCAAUCUCCAUAGCAAAAUGUUUGUACACAUUCAUGAGAAUAAUAAGUCCAAACAGAUUUAAGGUACAUUUUGCCAGCAAAACAACCAACUGUGAUGACACCGAUAAAUUUAAACUACAGUAAGUAAAAUCAAGCUUCUAGUAUAAAAGGUACAAAUCGAAGGCUUGAACUUUCUUAACACAGUAACGACUCUCUUACAAGGCACUGCAUAUAUGACAUUUAUAAAAAAUGUACUGGAUAAAAUUUAACAAUCUUUCGGUGAUAAAAGUGCACAAUUACCACUUCAACAUUGAUAUAAGUUUUAACGAUUAUUGUUUUACGGAAAAGGCCUUAAUACCAAGCUAUAGCUGCCUAAUAAGCAUUUUUUUAAAUGUCAUAUUCAAGUUAAAAUGUGUGUGUAUAUAUAAUAAAAAAUACAUAUUAAUAACUUAAAACUACAAAAAAAGUCGAUUUAUGUACAAAUAUUAAAGGCACCAAAAUGGAUGGAUUUGUAUAUUAUAUAUAAAUAUAUUAUAUAUUCAUGAGCAUCAUAUUUCAUGAUAAUAUUCGAUUAUCAGAAACAGUUUAAUUAAAGUUUCUGCACUUAGCAUCAUUCACUUGAUGAACAACCAGUGCAAGUUUCUUAAGAAUAAUAAUGUAUCCAAAUGUUCUCUAAAAUGUGACACGCAAACGUAUUUAAGAAUACUGAUUUCAUUGCUUUUGCAAUCAAGAACAUUUCAUACAGUUGGCGCUAACUUAUUUAAACACUGCAAAUAAAUGUAGUUAUAACGAACAGAAUAUUACAAAACUAAUCUCAUUGCGGGUUUCAUAAUGUUGUUAAUCUGAUACAAACAAUAUUUGGAGUAACAAACAGUGAAGUAAUAGUAAACAUUAUAGCCCUAUAAAUGUAACACGUAUUAGAUGAUUGUAAUUCGGUUGUAAGUGCAAGUAAUAGGGAACAAAUUUCAUAUAGAGCUUCAUUGUGAUUAAAUUAUUCGUAAAAAAGUAUGCAGUGUAAUAAAAAUGUAGAAACGGUAUGUUUCAUUACAAGCUAAAGCACCAAUAAUAUAAUACCACUGAAUAUUGCACAUUUUAGGUGAAGAUCAUAUAAAAUUUAACAAUAGGUAGGUUAACGUCAUUUUUAGAAAAAUUUGUUUACAUGCGAAAAUUUGUUGAGAAUAAAAGUAGUUUAAACAUUAAAACGAAACGGUACAUGUUUUUGUUGUAAGUAAUCGGAUAUAAUAUAAUUUAACAAUUACCUUAGAUGAUAAAUUAAAAACUAUAUAUGUAUGAAAAACAUACCCAACAGUAAGAUAACGUCCCCAUAAAAUGUGACAAAAAAUACAAAUGUUAAAAUUUCAAAAUUAACAAGUUUAUAUUAAAAUAUCAUAAAAAAAUUUAUUGCUUCGGAUAUACGAUAUAUUGCAAAUGAAUCACUUCUCGUGCUUCGCUAGAUGCCGAAAAAAACACAACACACCAUCAAUAUUCUCUCGCCCUCUUUUUUUGUAAAAUUUCGAAAUUUGUAGCAAUGACCAAUGUUCAUCUAAUAAAUAAUUUAACUAACUGAAUAAGAAAAAAAAAAGAUUUUCACUAAACGAUUAAACUGCCAUUUUAACUCUAAUAAAAAAAAAAGGAUAUGAGCAGAUUUCUGAUAAAUUUAGGCACUUAAGUUACAACCAGAUGAGUACAUUAUCAGGUCUUGUUGUGGGAGGAUUGAUCAAGGACUGCACGUCGGCCAAAAUCGGGAACUCUUCCUCUCCCAAUUGCAACGUGGGCUCCAAAUCGUCCGUGGAAUCGAUGUGAUCGCUUAUGGUCGAAAUAUCCGGCGUGUCCAUCGUGUGACUGCCGCUGCCCACGUCCAUGUUAUCGUCCAUAUUCGUCAGGAAAUCUUCCGGUGUAUGGGGCAUCGAAUACGUCGUUCCCAUUCCUGCGAAAAGGUAAAAGAAUA